AUGUACCUCCGCGUUCGACGAUUGGUAGCCAGCGUCGUCUUCAAGACGCCUCCUCUAGACUACGAAGCACUCCAGGCUCUUGCAGUCCUCAGCAUGUUCACCCCUACCAUCCAGACUGCUAUGCCUAUUGAUUCCUGGAUGGUCUCUGGCAUUGCUAUGAACCACGGGACAUUGUCCUUCGGGUUGUCUGGAAGCGACUUUAACGUAUCCCAAGAAACCCAGGCUCAGCUGAGACGGCUCCGCAUCUGGAAUGCUCUGUGCCUCACCAAUGUUCAAUUUUCUAUUGGUAACGGGCGACCAAAUAUGGUUCAACCCAAAUUUAUCGAUCAGUGCGCACGAAUUAUCGAGUUCGAAGAUGCACUUCUCACGGAUGGCAAGUUAUAUGCCGAAGUUUUGCUUUUUACCAGAACGGAAUCAAUCCUGUCAAGUGGAGCGAGCAUCCAACUACAACAGUCAGGGAUGUUCGUCGUCCCCGAGCUCGAGGACUUCCGUGUAAGAUGGGGUCACCUGUUCAACAUUCCUGAGGGGCUCUCCCUGAAAGUCGGCUACUGGUAUUGCCACCUCCUUGUGUAUCGUGCUGCUCUCAAGGGGGAACCCACGGAUGCUGACUCGGCGGCUCUUGUGAGCGAGGCCAUCAAAUCGUCUUGCGAUAUACUGGAACUUUUCCUUAGCCUUGAAUUUUCUAUCAUCCUGGACAUGCCCGACCAUUUCUUUUUUAUGAUCAUCUAUGCUGCACUAACGCUGUGCAAGUUCGCCUUUGGCCAUCGGCUCAUCGCUGCAACGCAGCAGAGCCUCAUGGAUCUCGCCUCAAAUGACGAGCACAUUGCAUACCGUUUCGGUAUCGUCUUAGUCGAAAUACGGCGGAAAGCAGCUGUUGCGGGCAUUGAAGAUCCCGCUACCAACGGCACCGCACCGACUCCCGGGAUCAAUGAAGCCGUUCCCGAUGUGGCAGUAUUGCUUGCUGGAAACGGGGACGCGAAUUGGGAUGCUUUUCUAGCGUGGAAUAACAUGCCCGACUUGAGUCUUGCUCAGGGGCUUGAAGAGCCCAUGCCGUAUGAGACGGCUGGGUAUCAACCCAACUUUAACCCCGGCGAAUGA